AGACUAGGUGUCAAAAUGAUAGCAUUGUUUUCUUUCUCAUUUUAUUGAAUCAUCUCCUCGUGUUUUGUCUUUAUUUUUUUUUAAUUAAACAAUAUAUAGUUAUAAUUUCAUAAUAAUAUAAAAAAAGAGAGUACAGAAUUUAACCUCUGUGUAUGUUUAUCUCCACCGCAUUAACAGCAUAUCAAGACCAUGUUUCGAAUUGGCAUUAAAUGUUCCUCAAAUCCCCAAGUUCAGAUAUACAAAAUUCAAAAAUAUGGAUACUCCAAUUUGCAUACAAUUACAAGGAUUAAUCAAUCAAAAUCAUUGGUUAUUUCCACCAACAGGGCAAAUAAAGAUGCUAGAAUCCUUUUGCAACAAGAAUAUUCUCGUGCAAAAUACUCAUCAGAACCACCACCAAGUGGUAAACGUGGAGGGAAAGGAAUUCUUCUUCUUGGUACAUUAGCUCUAGGUACAAUUGGAGUUUUAACAAUUGCUAAAAAUAAUCCAGAUAUUAGAAAAAUGCUUGAUGAAUGGAUACCUGGAACUGAUAAUACAAUCAAGGUUAUUUUCCAAGAAGAAGAAUCAGUUAUUGAUAAUAUUUCAGAUUAUUUUGAAGGCCUUAAAAAAUCAAUUACUGGUAGUAUAUUUGGUGAUGAUGAACAACAACCCAAUAAAAAAUCAGUUGAUAAACAAGAACAAAAAGCUCCAAAGCCAACAUUUGAGCCAUUAGUUACAAAAAAAGAGCCACCAGUUAAUGAUUCAUACAGUGAAAUAAGACGUGCCAAGGAUAAAAAUGAAGAGAUUCAAGUUGUUGUAGACAAGCCAACACCACCAAAAAAAGAUGUGCCAGAAGAAUUAAAACCAGCUAAUCUUGUUGAAUUGGAGAACUUGAGUGGUCAAGCUGCAGCCAAGGCUAUAUCAGCUUAUCAAGAUGCUGCAAAAGCAAUUCAAGAUUUUAACAAAGAUGUUGUUCAAGUUAUUGAGAGUGUUGGUGGUUCAUCAAGUGUAUCAGCUCCAGUAUGGCAAAGAUUAAAAGAAGCCACAGAAAAACGUAAAAAAGCUGUACGUCAAGCUGAAUCAAAUGCUGCUGAAGCACUUCAGUCAUUAAAAAAAUUAUCAAAUCUUGUUGAUGAUGCUAAAUUUGAAGCACCAGCAGUUAUGAAAUCUGUAUCACGUAGAAAGGUUAAAAAAAUUAUUGAUGAUGUUGAUGCUGCUAAAAAAGAUUAUGAAAUGGAAGAACGUUCAGCAAAUAUUACUGAACGUUAUUGGACAAAAGUACAAGCAGCACGUGAACAUUUCAAUGAAGAAUUACAAAUAUUAUUUCCAAAUAUUAAUAUUCAUGAUAAAACAUUUUCAGUUAAUGAAGAAUCAUUUGAUCUUUUUGUUUUGUACUUGUACAAUAAAUUAAAUUUUACACAAAAAGAAUUGGAAAAACUUGAGACAAUUGACAGUGCAAAGCUACGUUCAGCAUUAAAAGCUACUGGUGAUUUGGCAUCAGAAGAAAGAUUAAAUGAGCUUGUUUGUCGUGAAGUUAACAGAGAAAAACGUUUGAUUAUUGAGGAAUCAGAGAAAAAGCUUUUGGCUGAAAGAAAAUCUUUUGAUGAAGAAAUCCGUCGGCAAAUGAAACUUCAAGCUCAAGUUCAUGCGGAUCAUCUCAAGGAGAUACUUGAAGCUAAAGAAAAAGAAAUGAAAAGAGUUAUGAAUCGUGCAAUUAGUGAAAAAACUGAGGCUGAAUCAAACAAAUAUAAAAUUCAGCUAGCAGCUAUUGUUGGUCGUUUGCGUGGCUUGGAUGAAGCUCUCAAGUUACGUUUAAAUGAAGAAAAGGGUGCAUGUGAUGCUCAAUUAUUAUGGGCUGCUUGCCAAGCACUUGCAAGAGCAGUACAAGUUGGACCACCUGGUGCACCAACAGACAAACCAGUAAGACCACUUGAAGCUGAGAUAAAAGCUAUUUCAAAAGUUGCACCUAAAGACGAUGCACUGGUACAAGCAACAUUAUCUGGAAUACCAAAAGAGGCUAUUACACGUGGUGUAUUUCCUGAAGAUGCAUUACGUGAACGUUUCUUAAAGGUUGAACAUGUGGCUAGACGUCUUGCUCUUGUUCCUGAAGAAGGUGCAUCACUUCCAAUAUAUAUACUCAGUUAUUUACAAAAUUUCUUGCUGCUCAAAGCAAAAAGUCCAAUACCAAAGAAGGAGUUAUCUGAUGAACCAAUUGAUCCAACUUUACUUGAUACUCAUGAUGUCCUAAAUCGUGCUAGGUAUUGGCUUGAUCGUGGUGACUUAAAAAUGACACUGAGAUAUAUGAAUUUAUUGAAAGGUGCAUCAAGAAAUGUUGCUACUGAUUGGAUGAAUGAAACGAGAAUAUUACUUGAAACAAAACAAGCAGUUGAUACACUUAUUGCUUAUUCUGGUGCUAUAGGCCUUGUAUUUCUUGGUAGUGGUGAUAAAAAGAAUUAAUGAGCAGAAUAGAAAUUAUUAUUUGAAUAAACAUUGUGCUCGCACUAAUAUUUUCAGGUAAAUUAGCAUUUCUUCUUUUAAAAGAGUUUAAAAUAUCAACUGGAAAUUUGUGUCAUUCUAAUAUGUAAGAUGUAUAUGAGAAGAAAAAAAGAAAAUGUUAAAAUAAAAUCUAGAAAAUGUUUAAA